CUAGAAUCCACGGGUACCAGAGCAGUCUGAAUCAAAAUUCUCACCUUACGUUAGUCCGCUGAAGAAUUUCAAGGCUUACCGCUACCACCCAAAUUUCACUGAAAAUGUUUCGGGCGGCUAUCGUUCUCUAACAUAUAGCCACAACAUCGACCCUAUGAGAUAUCUCUGUCCAUUUGAAUCUUCAGGGGGAGUAUGCAAUGACCGGUCGUGUGAAUUCCAACACUUUCGUGAUAUGACUCUGAGCGGUGCGUCGACAGAUCUGAACCAUUAUUUGCAACAUUUUCCCAUAUGACCUUUGGCCAUUGUCUCCCUUGACCUUUCCUUUUAUCUGUCGUGCCUCCUUCCAGUCGCGCGCUUCCAUUCCCUUUUUCGUUAAGCGUCUCAUCUUAUGUCUUUUACCCAUUUGUUCUUCCCUUCGCUGUGCGGAUGCUGACAGCCAGGCUUGUUAACUGCCACAGAUGACAAGAUCCUCGUCCAGAUGGGAUCUCUUCGAGAAGGCAAGACACCCGAAGAGAAGGAUGAAUACAUUGCUGGGCUGAAACAAAUCAUCAACGACAUGCGACGCGACAAGGUGAAAGAUUUUAACACAGUGGCCACGGAAAUAGCCGCAUACCGUAGACGCUUUCUCCAAGACCCUUCGCGGGUACUUCCGUUGUAACAACUUGAAGA